AUGGAACACAUCCAUGACGGUGAUGGGAGCUCCAGCAGCGGCCACCAGCACCUCAAAAGCACCAGCAAGUGGGCGGUCUCCCUGGAGAAUCUGCUCGAGGACCCAGAAGGCGUGAAAAGAUUCCGGGAGUUUUUAAAAAAGGAAUUCAGCGAAGAAAAUGUUUUGUUCUGGCUAGCAUGUGAAGACUUUAAGAAAUUGCAGGAUAAGAAGCAGAUGCAGGAAAAGGCCAAGGAGAUCUACAACACCUUCCUGUCCAGUAAAGCCUCAUCCCAAGUCAAUGUGGAGGGCCAGUCCAGGCUCAAUGAGAAGAUUCUGGAAGAACCACACCCUCUGAUGUUCCAGAAACUCCAGGACCAGAUCUUCAAUCUCAUGAAGUAUGACAGCUACAGCCGCUUCUUAAAGUCUGACUUAUUUUUAAAACACAAGCGAACUGAGGAAGAGGAGGAAGAGGAGCCGCCCGACGCCCAGAGCUCUGCGAAGCGAGCUUCGAGAAUUUACAACACAUGA